AUGACGGAGGAGGUCGACAAGCACGUCCUGAAGAAGUACGAGGUGCAGCAGCGGCUGGGCAAGGGCGCGUACGGCAUCGUGUGGCGCGCGGUGGACCGCAAGACCGGCGCGACGGUGGCGCUGAAGAAGAUCUUCGACGCGUUCCAGAACGCCACGGACGCGCAGCGGACGUUCCGCGAAAUCAUGUUCCUGCAGGAGCUCACGACCCAUGAAAACAUCAUCAGGUUGCUCAACGUGCUCAAGGCAGACAAUGACCGGGACAUAUACCUCGUGUUCGAGUACAUGGAGACGGACCUGCACGCAGUGGUGCGGGCCAACAUCUUGGAGGAGAUUCAUAAGCAGUACAUCAUGUACCAGCUGCUCAAAGCGCUCAAGUACAUGCACACCGCAGAGCUCCUCCACCGGGACAUCAAGCCGUCGAACCUGCUGCUGAACUCGGAAUGCCAGGUCAAGCUGGCGGACUUCGGGCUCGCGCGCUCGAUUGCGCAGCUGGGAGGGGAGGAGGGGCCGAGCCCAAUUUUGACCGACUACGUCGCGACCCGGUGGUACAGAGCGCCGGAGAUCCUGCUCGGAUCGACGCACUACACGAAGGGCGUCGACAUGUGGUCGUGCGGGUGCAUCCUCGGCGAGCUCCUGGGCGGCAGGCCGGUGUUUCCGGGCACGUCGACGAUGAACCAGCUCGACAGGAUCCUCGAGAUCACCGGGAAGCCCUCGAAGGAGGACGUGGACUCGAUACAGUCGGUCUUCGCCGCCAACAUGCUCAACAACCUCCCCACGCCCGCCCAGGUGUCGCUGCGCGAGAUGCUCCCGAACGCGAGCGACGAGGCGAUCGACCUCCUCUCCAAGCUGCUGGUGUUCAACCCGAAGAAGCGCAUCACCGCGGAGGAGGCGCUGCGGCACCCGUUCGUCGCGCAGUUCCACGACGAGGCCACGGAGCCCGCGUGCGACCGCAUCAUCACGGUGCCGAUCGACGACAACACCAAGUACGCGAUCGGGGAGUACCGGGAACGGCUGUACCAGGAGAUCGUGCGGCGAAAGAAGGAGCUGCGGCGGCGGCUGAAGGAGCGGGAGGGGCGGCACAAGCACCACCAACACCGCAGCCGGACAAGCACGAGCCAGCAGCGCCCGUCGGCGCAGGCGCAGUAG